CUUGUCACAAUAUAUAUUGUACCACUUAGACACCCACAGGCCACAGCUGAGUGCUAAUAAUGAUGGUUUGGGAGAGCAUAAUGCGCAAGCUGAUGACACGGAGGGAAUCCGUCUCAUCAUCAGCAACAGGAAAUUAAAGAAGAGGUAUCGAACACUCCUAGGGGGGAUGGCUGUUGCUAACCAACAAUGGGUGGUGGAGAUACAGGCGUCCGUCCAGGCGAUGGCACCUCGUACCGGCGCCUCCAUCUACCGGGUGCCGGAAUGGAUCAAGCGCCUGAGCAGGAACGACGCGUACGGGCCGCGGGUGGUGUCCCUGGGCCCCUUCCACCACGGCAACCCCCACCUGCAGCACAUGGAGGAGCACAAGACCCAGGCGAUGCAGCGCCUAGUUCAUCGAUCUGGGAAGCCGUUCCAGCGGUUCUUCGACGCCAUCAACGGGGCGUGGCGGAGCAGCUGGAGGCGGCCUACGACGGCCUGCAAGACGAAUGGACUGGACGCAGGGACGAGUUACACGGCCGGUGACCCCAGUGAUCCCCACACACUUCUGAUUUGGGAGACCAUCCGGAUGGAUGUGGUCGCCAUGGAAAACCAGCUGCCACUGCUCGCCCUGCAGAAGCUUGAAACUGCACGCCGUGGUGGAGCUGCGGUGAGUGCUGGAGAUGUCAACCAGUUGGUUCGUAAGUUUCUUACAGUCCCAUUGCCGAAGAACAUCAACGAGCCGGCUCCACACCCGCUGGGCCUUCUCCGCAAGUGUUUCGUCUCCACCACCGCAGCAGAUCGAAGCAGCCCCCUCGAACAGAAAGAGUGGGAGAACACCAUGCCCUGCGCCCUGGUGCUCACCGAGGCAGGCAUCGACUUGAAGAAGAGCAGGACUCGCAAGUUCACUGAUGUCGAAUUCAAAGAUGCCGCGCUCAAGGGCGUGACCAAGAGCGUGCUGCACGUGCCACUGCUGAGGGUCCGCUACGACACCGAGAUGUUCCUGCUCAACAUGAUGGCGUUCGAGCGGCUGCAUCCCGGCGCCGGGGACGAGGUGACAUCCUACGUCUCCUUCAUGAGGAACCUCAUCAACAACACUGCAGACGUGGCACUGCUAAGAUCCAAAGGAGUCCUUGUGCACACGUUUGGCAGUGACAAGGCAGUGGCUAGGUUGUUCAACAAUAUCUACUCGGGAGGCAUGAGCCCGUACAGCAAGCUGCAUCAUGUGCAGCGCAAGGUGAGCGCCCACUGCGAGAGACGCUGGAACAAGUGGAGGGCUGGCUUUGUUCAGUCCUACCUAAGCAACCCCUGGGUGUUCAUCUCCCUUGUGGCUGCUAUCAUCCUAGUCCUCGCUACCCUAUUGCAGACUGUCUACACCAUCAUUCCGUUCUACCACAAUAGGAGCUAAAGAUUUGCAUGACAUAGAAUUAUUGGUGGUGUGGGUGAAAUGAAUCUCCAUAUUGUGUAAUAUUUUGUCAGCAGCGUCAAUGGGCCCAAUCCGUUACCGGGCCAUGGGCCUCCGACUCCGAGAUCCAUUCGGCCCAAGAUGAAAAACACACAUGAAACUGGCCCGGAAUGGGUGUAGCUCGUGCGCGCGGCGUGAUAUGUAUGGCAUGAACCAAUGUUUAAACAAACUCUCUGAACUCCUAAU